GCUGGUGGAGAUUCACUCUGCAGUUAUCACAUCUGAAUGAGGCUAAGGUUCAUUAGUCUGUGAAAACACAGAGCCAGGUCCUGCUGAUGUGUUUUGGGUGUGUAAACAUCGAUUGGUUACACAUUGACAUCUCCAGGUGCGGCAGCUGCACUCUCAGCUUCACCUCAGAUGGAUGUAGUGUUUGGGGUGAACGUCUUGUGCAAAUAUCGAACAAAUGCAAGUCCUCAAGUUAAACAGCCUCUUUAUUCCAAAGUGGAAUUUCUUUGGAAAAUGGAUCGGUGAUGAAUGUGCAGGACAGAACAUAACUCAAAGUGUCAAGUUUAAAGGAACGCCUGGUGCAGGUGGACACUCCCCAAUCGUUUUGUAAUAAGCAAAGGUGGUUGGCUUUUAUUUAAUGGGGUUAUAAAAUACAAAAGGAAGUGGAUAAAGUUCAUUUGACACCAGAGGUCGGAACAGAUUUCUAUUCUCCGCUCUUUCAAGUUUGGUCUGAGGCUCAAAAUGAAGCUGUGUUUGUCUUUGGCGUUUAUCUCUGUGUUGCUGUCAGCAGUGAACGGGUUAGAGUGUUACACCUGUUGGGAGGAUAACCCCGGCAACUGCAAUAAUAUAUGGAAAUGUCCUCAUCAGUAUGACCGCUGUGCCACCACGAUAGUUGCUCAAAACAUGAUCACCAAACACUGCAUGAGGAGCGACAUGUGCGCUAAUGUUUAUUCCGUGGGAGUCAGAUGCUGCUCGGAAAAUCUCUGUAAUAGAGCCAAACACACAGGAGUCUUUGUCCCUCUUCUGCUUGUGCCCUUAGCCAUGAGUCGCCUCUUCUCUUGA